GACCUGUUUUACAAAACUGUUAAUAUUUCACCUUUGUUCUGCACCCAGAAAGGGGCUGCAGAGAUUGUGCUUUGCUAAAAUGAUGCCUUUUCAACAGUGUUUUGCCUUGAUCUCCUCCAGACAAGCCCUUAAUGGUUCAGCUGGUGGACUGGAUUUUGCGAGGGACCUCUCAGGUGAUGUUUGUCAACAACCCCCUCAGUGGACUGAUCAUUUUGGUGGGGCUUUUCAUCCAGAGCCCCUGGUGGAUGCUCACCGGCUGCACUGGAACCACUGUGUCCACGUUAACUGCGCUGGCCCUCAGCCAGGACAGGUCAUCCAUCGCAGCUGGGCUGCACGGCUACAACGGGAUCCUGGUGGGCCUGCUCAUGGCCGUCUACUCUGACAAAGGGGAUUACUACUGGUGGCUUCUGCCCCCCGUGGCAGUGAUUUCCAUGGCCUGCCCAGUACUGUCCAGUGCUUUGGGAUCCAUCUUCAGCAAAUGGGACCUUCCUGUUUUCACUCUGCCCUUCAACAUUGCGGUGACCCUGUACCUGGCAGCCACAGGACACUACAACCCCUUCUUCCCCACAACCCUCAUCAAACCCGUAGCUGCAGUGCCCAAUAUCACCUGGUCUGACAUCAAUGUGCCACUGCUCUUACAAUCCAUCCCAGUUGGGAUUGGACAAGUGUAUGGUUGUGGAAACCCCUGGACUGGAGGCAUUUUCCUUGUGGCUCUGCUCAUCUCCUCCCCACUGAUUUGUUUACAUGCUGCAAUUGGAUCAGCUGUGGGGAUGUUUGCAGCUCUGAGCAUUGCAUCCCCGUUUGACAGCAUCUACCUUGGCUUGCACAACUACAACUGUGCCCUGGCCUGCAUUGCCAUUGGGGGCAUGUUCUACGCCCUGACCUGGCAGACACAUUUGCUCUCACUUGCCUGUGCAUUAUUUUGUGCCUACUCCGGAGCAGCUCUUGCUAAUGCACUCUCUGUGCUCGGGCUGCCAGUGUGCACCUGGCCUUUCUGCCUCUCCGCGCUCCUCUUCCUGCUGAUAACCUCAGAAAACCCAGCCAUCUACAAAAUGCCCCUCUGCAAAGUCACCCACCCGGAAGCCAACCGGAUCUACUACCUGAGAAUGAGGAGAAGGGCCUCGGAGAGCAGGAGGGAAGAGCAGAAGAGAAAGGAGCAGAAACCCUCUGACGGCUCAAAAAUUAACACCGGGGGCACCCCACUGUGCACCCCCAAGAGCCGCCACGCUCACUGAUUGCAGGUACACACAACUCUGCAGCCUGGGGGCAGUUUGGGGGCAGCUUUUCAGACGUCACCCAGGCACAGCACAGCCACAAACACCACUUUGGCCAGCAGUCUGCAGGCUGGGGAUUCAGCAUUCCACACUGGAGAAAUCACGGUUUGCCCUUGAGCUAAGCUUUCUAAAAAGCACUCAGGUAACAUAAUAACAGCUGCCUUAUCAAUCCACUGGUUGUUAACUUGAAAGUCACCUCUUAUCAAUAAUAAUUAUAAGAAUAGGCAGAAGGACAUUAAAGCUGACAAGAGGCUGCAUUUAAUUUCAGAGGUGUAAUUUAACAAAAUAAAUAUGCUGAGAAGGCAUUGGUGUCUAAUAAUAAUAAAUAAUGUAAGAACUAAGUCAAGAGCUGCACUUCAAAUUAAGAGGAUGUAUAUUUGAAAGUGAAAUAAACAGACUGUUCUCUUCCUUU